CCGCUAUUCAAGCGGAACCUUUUCAAACAGAUUGAAGUUUCAACCCGGACUCGUGUUUCGUGAGCACCCUCCUCCUGCAGGCAUGCUGGAUGUAAACAACAGACUUUCUUUUCACAACAGAGUAAAACUGUAGCUGCGCACCUGUCUUGGUAAAGCAUGUCUCUGGACAGUCAUCAUGGGAAGUGGACCAUCUCCAGCAGUGAUGAUGAAGAUGAGCUUCUUCCCCCUUCUGGGACUACAGGUGCCAGUUCCCGUCAGACAGCUGAAAUCAGCCACAGCUCUCCUCCAUCUGCCUCUCCGGUGACGCUGAAGGCAGAAGCAGCCAGGACACCGGUGUCCUCUCGCUCUGUUGGCUCUGAGGCUAGACGAACUGCCACAAAGAACCAGAUAAACCCAGUAAGAUACAAAACCAGCCCUUCACUGGCUGGGAAGAGAAAGAAUGAGUUGUCAGAAGGUACAGGCUGGGCCCUCUCGGACAGCGAUGAAGAUGAUGGAGCUGUGAAACAGAACAAUCAGGCUAAUCUGCCAAAGCGAGCUCCUCUGAAACCUGAGACUAAAAAGCUAAAAGCAGAGAGCGAGCGUCCUCCAAGUCCUCAUGGACGACAGUACUAUAUAGAUGAGUCGGAGGACUUCUUUGAGUCCUGCACUCCUCGUCUUGAUGACACUUACAGAUUCUACCUCAACAAAGUCACAGGACUGGACCGAGAGUACAACAGCGGAGCUUUGCACAUCAGAGAUCUUCUCUCCCCGUUGUUUGGAACGCUGAAAGAGUCUGUUCAGUUCAACUACUGCUUUGAUAUUGCUUGGAUGGUUAAACAGUUUCCUCCAGAGUUUAGGGAUCGCCCGGUUCUGAUCAUCCAUGGAGAUAAGAGGGAGGCCAAGGCUCGGCUCCUGCAACAAGCCCAGCCCUUUCCACACGUUCGCUUCUGUCAGGCCAAGCUGGACAUUGCUUUUGGAACUCAUCACACGAAGAUGAUGCUGCUGUGGUACGAGGAAGGCUUCAGAGUCAUCAUUCUCACCUCCAACCUCAUCAGAGCUGACUGGUACCAGAAGACACAAGGGAUGUGGAUGAGCCCUCUGUUUCCACGGUUACCAGAGGGGAGCAGACCCAGUGCAGGUGAGUCGCCAACCUUCUUUAAGCGGGACCUGCUGGAGUACCUGGCAUCGUACCGAGCUCCAGAACUUGAAGAGUGGAUCCAGCGAAUCAAAGAGCACGACCUGUCAGAAACGAGGGUUUAUUUGGUUGCCUCGACUCCUGGGAGGUACGUAGGUCCGGACAUGGAGCGCUGGGGCCACCUGAGGCUGAGGAAGCUGUUGCAUGAACACACAAAUCCAAUUCCUGGAGAGGAAAGGUGGCCCGUUAUUGGCCAGUUUUCCAGCAUCGGCUCCAUGGGAGCAGAUAAGACCAAGUGGUUGGCGGGGGAGUUUCAGCGGACCCUGACUACACUUGGGAAAUCCUCUCUGCACCCAAGUCCUCCCAUACACUUGCUGUAUCCAUCAGUAGAAGAUGUAAGGCUGAGCUUAGAGGGAUUCCCAGCGGGGGGCUCUCUGCCCUACAGCAUCCAGACGGCGCAGAAGCAGCUGUGGCUCCACUCCUACUUCCACCGUUGGAAGGCGGAUCGCUCAGGGAGGAGUCAUGCCAUGCCACACAUCAAAACCUACAUGAGAGUGUCACCAGAUUUCACUCAGCUUGCCUGGUUUCUCAUUACAAGUGCUAACCUGUCUAAGGCAGCGUGGGGGGCUCUGGAGAAGAACAACAGUCAGGUGAUGGUGCGUUCAUACGAGCUGGGAGUCCUCUACGUGCCUUCGGCUUUCGACAUGAAGACAUUCCCCAUUGAUGAAACCCCCUUUCCUGUCUCCUCUUCUACCUCUGGUUUCCCUGUGCCCUUUGACCUCCCUCCUACAAGCUAUUCUCCUAAAGAUCAGCCGUGGAUCUGGAAUAUCUCCUACAGCCAGGAGCCAGACACCCAUGGGAACAUCUGGGUCCCUUCCUGAACACUAGUGUGUCUGGUGCCCAUCUGUUCUUUUACCUCUCAGUGCUUUGUUUUACUGUUAGUUAUAGUAAUUUCAUUUUUAUACUGUAUUAUCCCAGUCCAGUAAUAAACUAGAUUCACCUUU